UUCUUACCUGUGUGUUUGUGAGGCGAACAUGGUCACACUGUAAGAUGAGUCGCUUUCUGAACGUCCUGAGGAGCUGGCUGGUGAUGGUGUCCGUCAUCGCGAUGGGAAACACGGUGCAGAGCUUCAGGGACCACAGCUUCCUGUCCGAGAAGCUCUACACGGGAUCCCCGGAGUUUGUGAACGGUCUCCAGGCUCGAACUUUUGGCAUCUGGACGUUGCUGUCGUCCAUCAUUCGCUGCGCGUGUGCCAUUGACAUCCAGAACAGAACGCUGUAUCACAUCACUUUAUGGACGUUUGUGCUGGCAUUGGGACACUUCCUGUCUGAGGCCUUCAUCUACAAAACCGCUCCGCUGACCAUCGGAGUCAUGGCGCCGCUGAUCGUGGCCAGUUUCUCGGUCAUCGCCAUGCUCAUCGGCUUCCAGUGUCUACCAGAGGCCGAGGACGACAGCGGGGCGCGUCAGAAGAAGCGGAACUGAACCCUACGAGUGUGAUUUUUUUUUUCCCCCACGUGGCCUGUUUUCCCAUGAAAUCCUGCUGUUCAUUCAUAUUCUGCUGUGUAUUUAAACCUUUUAUCUGUUGACUCCAGCUCUGACUGCGCAGUCUAGGAAAUGUGACACUACGAGUGCUGGAUUAGAAACGCUGCCCUUUCUCAUGAGCAAUACAUGGAAAUCCCGUUAUCAAGCUGAAUCCACCAGGAGUUCAGUUUGGGUUUAAUUCUGCCAUCCAAUCCCUUUCUAUAAUAGUUCAGAUCAACCAAAGACACAGUUUAAAGACCCUUCACCCCACACAGGUUCACAUUCCGUCAAGCUUCCUGUUUAUUUUGUGUUGUGAAAUAUUUGUACACCCUUGAAACGCACACAGCGGUCUUUGUAUAAGUUAUGUUGAAUAUGUGGACCUUUUCCGACACAGCAAUAAGAUUUUUUCCAAUUUUAAAACUAAUCUUUGAAUAAAUAAUAUGUUUAAUGUUU